GCAUCGACGCAAUGACCGACAACACGACGUAUGAUCAGGUGUGCGAGGAAGCGAGUGCCGCUGCCGAGAUGCGGUUGCUGGAGCACUUUAAGCAGCAUGGUGGAGAAGUCUGGAGCAUCGGCACUGGCUGCCAGUACUGUCGCCAGAAACUGGAGGACGUGAGCGGCCUUAAGCGCUGCUCCAACUGCGAUGCCGCUCUAUUCUGCGGUCGCGAGUGUCAGCUCAAGGCCUGGCCGCAGCACAAGGCUGAAUGUUGCGUAAUUGCGACCUUCCAACGCCUGCACAAGACGAACAGCUCCAACUUAAGACUCGCGUCGUUGCUCGAAACGCUGACACUUUCUUCUAGUGUCAAGAAGGCGGACGAGCCCAAGACUGCUGGUGUUGCGAGCUCGAUAGGCAUAAACAGCCAAGAACUACCCGGCUGGUUCUUCACAGUCAACGUUGAAGAGGCAUCAAAGGAGCGACAAAAGGCCUUAUACCAAGCUGUACUGGAGCUCUACGGUCUACUCAAGGACGAAGAGUGCUGGACUCGCGACAAGGAGAGUUUCCCACGUUCAAGCUACACGCUGGUGGAGUCGCUACCGCAUGUGUCUCCUUCUGUAGGCCAGUUGCAAAAGGAUUUCGUGGAGAUGAAUGGACAUCUUUUGCUCUUCUCAGCGUGGCUGCAACACCCUGAGCCGCCUGCCACACAAACCAUGCCCUUCGAAGACCGCAGCUUCUUUGGUGUAAUAGACUCGCUGCUGCAGAUCAGUGCCCUUCGUGAUGGAGUUGACGCCUUUAUGGAUGCGAGAUCCUAG